CAUUUCGUCUUUUAGUUCAUAAGCCUGUGUUCGUUACUCAGUCUCUCUUACAGAGGUGGAGUAGAGGCAGAGCUACAGAAAGGGAAACACAAAAGGAAAACUAGUCAAGAGGCAGCUAAAAACGAGAGACAGAGACCAGCAAAUAGGUAUAUGUCAAGGUCAGAUAUGGCCAGGUUGGAUGUCAUAGAGAUGUUUCAUGGUAUUUCUUUUCCUGGACACCUACACACCCAGGAUUCCUUGCAACUUGCUCUAAAAUUUCCAUUUAAGGACACAGAUAUCCUUAUUGUCUCCUAUCCAAAGUCAGGCACCACAUGGAUGCAGGAAAUUGUGACUCUCACAUCCAGCAGAGGGGACCCACACUUGUCCCAAACUGUCCCAAACUGGGCUCGGGCUCCCUGGCUGGAGCAAUAUUACAGUGCUGCGGUACUAGAGGCCUCAUCAACCACACCCCGAGUCAUCACCACACACCUGCCUCAUCACCUGCUGGGCCCCACCCUCCGGGGCUCCAAAGCCAAGGUCAUCUAUGUGAGCAGAAACCCUAAAGAUGUGUUGGUGUCCUUUUACCACUUCCACAAAAUAGCCAACUUCUUCCCUGAAGCUGGCUCAUUUCCAGAGUUUUUAAAUCGAUUCCUGGAGGGCACAUUGCCCUUUGGCUCCUGGUUUGACCAUGUUAAAGGCUGGACCAGUCAGACAGCAACAAUGAACAAUCUGCUUCACAUCACCUAUGAAGAGAUGUCGCUGGACCUACAUGGCGCCAUAAAAAGGGUAAGCUCUUUCCUACAGUGUCCCCUGGUGGAGGACGAGGUCAACAACUGUGUGAAACACUGCAGUUUCAGCAGCAUGAAAGACAACAAAAUGAUCAACUACACCCUGGUACCUGAAGAGAUAAUGGACCAUAGCAAGGGCUCGUUCAUGAGAACAGGUAAGAUUGGAGAUUGGAAAAACAUGUUCACAGAGGAGCAGAAUCAAUAUUUCAAAAGCGUCUUCAAGUCCAAGAUGCAGGGCUGCACUUUAGAGUUUGUGUGGGAGCAAGAAAAAGAGGAGCCACAUGCUAAUGAACAAAUCUCACGGAAGAACACAGAACUAUGACUAUGAAAUUUGAAUUCAUGUUGCAUCCUAUGAGAUGCAUCACAAGUGGAUUGUUUUCUGUAGUUUUUUGUAGUUUUUCUGAUAUUAGCUGUAUACAUCCUUCUAACAUGCAAUAAAUUUAAUCCUGAAUGAAAAUGUAUGUAAAACUUCACAUGUGCAGAGUUACAGUUAAUGGGACACUGUUCAGCACCCUUCAAUGCCUCUUAUGUAUAUUGCUAUCUUGCUUUCAUCAAUGAAAUGAUAUGACACUUGAUGAUGAUAUAUUCACUGUUUUGAUGCAAAAAAUUAAAUAUAUAUUAAAUGGAUGAAAUUAAUAAUAUGCAGUACAAACAGAGAAAUUAAUAGUUAUGUAAGCAGCACGGCAAUGCGCAGCGGGGAAAGGACAGAUCAAAGGUUUUAAAAUAAAGCUCCUCGUCCAGAGGGAUGAGCUGUCCUUGUGCGUCCUGUCACUUCACACACCCAAAGAAAGGUGUUGUUCACCCUCCAGUUUCCAUGCACUGGAGUGCUUUGAUCGAAUCCUAUUAAUUGUAUGUGUGUGUGUGUGUGUGUGUGUGUGUGUGUGUGUGUGUGUGUGUGUGUGUGUGUGUGUGCGCGUGUGUAAGAGCGAACAUAUGGUACAAAGUAUACAGAACACACUGUACUCUGUGACCGCAAGGAGGAACUCUGAUAUGAGCUUUAAUCCACAGAGGCUCAUAGCUGACAUCUGAUUGAUAAAUAUGAAACUAGGAGAUGGUUGUCAUAGCAUAAAGAUAAAUCAACAUUACCUCUUCCACUCAAUGUAAUAUUUUCCAGUAUUAUUUGAAGGCAAAUUAAAGAAAAAGUUUAGGUCAUUCUUAUCACGCUGGUGUAUGUUCAAGCGUUCAUUUUUAUGAUAAGUUUGGUUCUAAUUAGUUAUUUGAUGUUAUAAAAACGGGGUUUUACGUCACGAUUGUCAGCUGGGGCAGAUUGAGUCGGCUGGGUGUAUGGGCGGGACCUCGAUACCGCGGCUCCAACCCUGAUCACUACUGCGCAGACUCUGGCUCAAAAUGACGUAACUAGCACAAGAUGGCAGCUCCUGUAUCUGGGAUAUUUUGGCUUAAUUUUUGUGCAGUUGGAGGAAGUGGAGACGAGAAUAGUACAUUAGUAUGUGAUUCCGAACACAACCCAAUAAUCCUUUGCUAUACUAUUUCUUGGCCAGGAGCAAUGAAUUCUUGAAGUCUGUGCUGGUUGCCUGGCAACCUCACGGUGACGAUAAGUGGAUA